GUGGGUUAAUCCUAGGCUGGGUGCCUGGCGAGGACCUCCGCGGGAGGAGGGCCGGGCCGCUCGGGGGCCUGAAGGCAGAGGAGGAGGCGCAGGAGCACUCCCCGCCUCUGCUACACCCUCCGUCACGCCCAGCCCGGCGCAGCCCGAACGUGCACGCCCGGAGUGUGAAGGGGCAUCCUGGUGGCCGAGGCGGGAGGCCGCAGGACAGCCGUUACAGGAGUUUCGAGAAGGAAACCGCGGCAGCGCCCCCACCCGGUCUGCCACGCCAGAAGUGCAGCGGAGCCCCCUUGCCGGAUUGGCUUUGAACCAGCAGGAGGAAGUGGGCCAUUGUAUCUCUUGUUACCACAAUGCUGGCCAUCCGCCUCUCCAGACCCCUGUCACAGCUCCCAGGAAAAACCCUAAGUGUCUGUGAUAGAGCAAAUGGCACAAGACAGUCACUGUUGUUUUGCUCUGCUUCCUUUAUCCCAAUGAGCCGUCGGACGUAUGCUGGGGAGGUGGACCCGGUUGGCAGCAAAGCUGUCCUGGUCACAGGCUGUGACUCUGGAUUUGGGUUUUCCUUGGCCAAGCAUCUACAUUCAAAAGGCUUCCUUGUGUUUGCUGGCUGCUUGAUGAAGGACAAAGGGCACGAUGGGGUCAAGGAGCUGGACAGCCUGAAAAGUGACCGAUUGAGAACCGUCCAACUCAAUGUCUGCAGCAGUGAGGAGGUGGAGAAAGCGGUGGAAAUUGUACGCUCAAGCCUGAAGGACCCUGAGAAAGGAAUGUGGGGCCUAGUUAACAAUGCAGGCAUCUCAACAUUUGGGGAGGUGGAGUUCACUAGCAUGGAGACAUACAAGCAGGUGGCAGAAGUGAACCUCUGGGGCACAGUGCGGAUGACAAAAUCCUUUCUUCCCCUCAUCCGGAGGGCCAAAGGCCGCGUCGUCAACAUCAGCAGCAUGCUGGGCCGCAUGGCCAACCCCGCCCGCUCCCCGUACUGCAUCACCAAGUUCGGGGUAGAGGCUUUCUCUGACUGCCUGCGCUACGAGAUGCACCCGCUGGGCGUGAAGGUCAGUAUCGUGGAGCCCGGCAACUUCAUCGCUGCCACCAGCCUCUACAGCCCUGAGAGCAUCCGGGCCAUCGCCAAGAAGAUGUGGGAUGAGCUGCCCGAGGUGGUUCGCAGGGACUAUGGCAAGAAGUACUUUGACGAAAAGAUUGCCAAGAUGGAGACCUACUGCGAGAGUGGCUCCACAGACACGUCCCCUGUCAUUGAUGCUGUCACACACGCCCUGACCGCAGCCACCCCCUACACCCGCUACCACCCCAUGGACUACUACUGGUGGCUGCGAAUGCAGAUCAUGACCCACUUGCCUGGGGCCGUCUCUGACAGGCUGUACAUACACUGAAGAGUUUCCCUGUGGCCUCUGUCAGGAAGCCCUGGUGGGAAGGAGGGGAGGAGAGGAGCUCAUACAAGGAGCUCCCCUUGGUUAUUCACUUCUGGAUUAUUCACUGUCCCACAAGAGAACUCAUUACCAGAGGGAAUAACCCUCCCUGACUAGUUUGCAUAGUGAGUGGCUCUAGCUCCACAAACAGGGUGUGGAGGGCAGGCAUGGGGCCCUAAACCUCAGGGCAAAACAAACAUGGUACAUCCAUCUAGCUGGAGUUGAUUUCAUACAAAGAUUUUGGGGAAACAUCUUUAUAUUAAAAACAGGUUUAUUAUAGAAUAGAAUCCAAUUCUUUUACAUCUUUAAGCCAAAAUAUCACUUCAAAAAUUUUAUCUCAUUUGAUCCUUAAGCCAGCCUCAAGAGUAAAAAGGAUUUUUUUUUCUUUUUUACAUAAAGAAUCUUUAGCUGAAAGAGGACACAAGAAAUAACCCUUUUAUUGUUUAUAAAUGGUCCCAGUCAUGUGUCCCUGCCACUGCUGUGGCAACACUUCAUGUUUUGCAUUCCAGGGCUGUUUUGGAUCCGUUUAUCCAACCAAGAGUCCUCUGACUAACCGUGUCCUUGCCUGAGCCACACAUACCAGCCCACCGUGUAUCUCUGCAUUUCCAUGGUGCCG